AUGUGUCGGCAUGGAGAAGCUUGGAAGGAUAGCCUCAGAUACAGACGGCCUGACUUGGAGAGAAUGUCAGGCUUGCGCCGCAUCACUCUUAACAACAAUCCCUUGAUUGGAGAUCAUGGGGCCCUAGUUUUAGCUGAAGCACUCCGCGAUGAUCUAUGGCUUAAAGCUCUUGACCUGCAAGGCUGUGGAAUCUCAAAAGUGGGUGCCAAAGCUUUUAGUGAUAUGUUAUCAUAUAACACGACUUUAGUCGUCUUAGAUGUUCGAGCUAAUCCCAUGAUUGAUCGAUCAAUUAUUCAUAGCAUUAUAGAACAAGUAAUGCUGAAUUCAAAAGCCAUUGACACAGAAAACUCAGAACCCCAAUAUGACUGGAUCAAACUGGAAUGUUCCAAAGUUGAACAAAAGCCAAAAAGGAAGAAAGGAACUAAAACAAUAAACAAUUCGUUCACAAAGAAAACAAGCAUCAAGAUCAAUGGAAUGCGUUAUCAUCUUAAAACUUCACGGUCCAGCAGUAGCCAGCGGGGCAAAGUAGGAUCUAACCCUACUGAAAUCACCCAGCCUAGUAGAGGAAUACCUUGGAGAACAGCUGCACGAGCUAUCAAACAAAGAGGUUGCUUUUCUAGCCAUGAAGAGUAUUAUGGACCUGAUGGCAGUGUACAGAUUAUUGCAGACCCUGAUCCCCAGCAAAUGAUGCCAGUUGAUCAGGUGCGCACCCCACCCACUGAAAAGAAACUAUAUAAUGACAAGAAAAUUUACCAGGUGUUAUCACCUUAUAAUUCUCAGGACAAUGCGAAUAUUGCCAAUGGGAUUUCAAUGUUGAAAAACCUCAAGGUGGAAUUGGAGCAUGCAAAACGGGAACUAUGCCAGGAACGCCAGGCAAGACAGGAAGCAGACAAAAAUGUCUUAGAGCUGACUUUGGAAAAUGAAAGAUUAUUGGUUGAAAUUGAGCAGCUGAGAAACAGAAAUUCUCUUUUAAAUGAUGAGAAAGUUUUAGAGGCCAUUGAAACUUCAUUCAAACAGUUCCAUUCCUUUCUUGAUGUUCUUCGACAAGCAGGGUUGGGGGAACUGAUCCGUGUUGCUGGAUUGGAUGAAAAAAGUUUGUUAAACCCACCAGAAAUACCAUCCCACAGUCAAAGAAAGACUCAACUUUCUGAUGUUCACAACAGAAGAUCUCCUUUUAGCAAAUCUCCAUUUGCAGAUGAUGUUACUCUAACCGACUUCAGGAAUCAGGACAAAAUGGAAAGAGAGGGCUAUGCUUAUAGCUUUCCUUUAAGCUACGGACAUCAAGAUAAUAUUGUAUCAUCUUCAGAUAUUAAGAAAAUGACAGGCGGUCAAAAGAGUUUUCUUUGUGAGCUGACCUCAAAGAGUCCUGGAAAUAUGCCUGAAAAUUCUAAAGAUCUGAAUUCUACAUUUGGCAUUGAUGAACAGAUAACAGAAUAUGGUGUUCUUGGGGGCAUCAACACUAGUCAACAGGAACCCAAAAAUAGUGAUGAUCUUUUAACUCGCUUUGACCAGAAAGAUCUCCAGACAUCUUUUCACUUAUGGGAGAAGAGCAAGACUCUAGUUAAUGGCAGCAUCCUCACUAAACCAGCUGACCCAAAUACUAAAACCUUGAUGUCUUCUCCUUCAAGUCCAAAGUCUGUGAAUGCUAAUUAUUGGUUGGAAGGUAGUUUUAACAGAGCCAAAAUUACUGAGGAUAUUUUGAAAAAGACCUGUUUGAAACAAGAUGAAGAAUCUGAUCCCAGAGUCUGUGAGGCCAAAGUGGCGAAAGCAGGAAUGGUUAGUGGAAGAACUAAUAUGCAGGAAGAAAGGGUAGAAGACAAAGAAAAUUGGAGCAAAAAUGGUAACGUUGAAAAAGUUGCCAAACUCUCUGUUCUUCAGAACAAAGAUUCAGCAGAAAGGAUGGAGAAAAAAGAAAUGUUUGCAGAUUCUGAAGUAACUAAUUUAAAUAAGGUAGAACCUGAAAAUAAAUCUGGAAGUGUUUCUGCAGUAGAAAUGAUGGAAGUCAGAGAUCUCGCAGAAAAUUUGGCAAGUCAUGAAUGGGCAUCAGAUCGUUCUUUGAACACCAGGGAGAAUACAGAAGGACCAAAGUCUCUAAGUCUCAGAACUGAAGCUACUGAAAUUAAAAAUGGAAUGCAACAUCUUUCCAAAAAAGAUGAAGAUAUUUCUGGAAGUCAGGAAAUGUCUUUCAGUAAUAAAGAAAAACCUGAAGAGGUUUUGAGUGGCCAAUUGAAGAAUAUUCCAGUAUUAGCCGAUUCCAACGAGUCCAAAGUAACAAGCGAUACUGAUGAUUCUUUUAGCCUCGGCACUCUUGAUCUGCCACAGGUUAGCAAUCAAUGUGACACUCCGGCUCACAGCAGCACCGUCAAAUUAGAUUCAAUCCCUGGAUUAGAUGACAUGAAUUCACAAGAUACGUCUCCUUUUAAAUCAAUGAGUGAUGAAGACUUUUAA